CUAGUUUGUUUACACAGAUGGAAGUACUUCAAACGAAACGACAUGUUCUUCAAUAUUCGCAUCGUUUGACUUGACUAAUAGCUAUACGACCGAAAAUUCUAAGAGGAGGUAGUGAAAUAACGAUCAAAGAGAGAGAAGGGGAAAAUAAAAAGCGAGACGACAUUGCACAACUACUUUUGUAUUGCUUGGAGGACCGUGACCGUUUUAUAUUUACGUUCCACAAUUUUGUGUCAACCUUAACCAGCACUACAUUCGCUGUUGUCCAAGACACACCGGCGGGAGAAUCGAACCACUUGAAUUUCUGCAAGAAUUCUCCGUAAAACCUUUUGCAAUGGUACAGAAAAUGGAAAUCAACGUUAUGCCAGUGAUCGGCGCAGUGUGCUGUUAUUGUAUACUGCUCUUAUACCUGGGCAAGAAAUUCUGUUACUAUCUUGAUUUCUUCUUGUCUAUCGUAAUUGGAACGGUUCUGUUGACGCUGGCACCACAGUUUAUAAAAACCCAGGUUGAGGUUCGUGUUGAUGGCGUUCAUCUGUUCAUGGUUCGAGCAUUUGGUAUAAUGCUGCUUGGUUCGGCCUAUCUUUGGUGGAAUGUACGUAACUCCAAAGACAUCACCGUCCAUACGACCCUGAUGUGGGCCAGGGUGAUGGGUGGAGCAGCUGCUUUACUUGCUCAAGGUUUUGCUCAGUUCAACAAAGCCAGUCGUAUGACCCAAGAGCACUUGUACAUCAGUGUGCUGCUGACCGUUCUGUGGACCCUCGGUAACUUGAUCUACUGCAUGCGGUGCACCGAGUGGGGCGGCUAUAUGGAAACCAGGAGCAAGCUGAACAACUUCCUUCACACUGAUUUUGUCAUCACACUCAUAUUUGGAAUCAUGUUUUAUGCUUAUCCCGUUUGGCUUUUGAGAGUUCAGACUUCUUUACCAAGGUUAAACGUUGUUCACGCUCAUUUGUACCGUCUGUUUGGUUCAGCUCUCAUGAGUUCAGCAAUCAUUUCAGGACGUGCCUCUAAUUUCCUCAUAGCCUCUGACAAACGUAUUCAGCUGUACACCAGAGUUCUGAUCAAUGUUGGAUUAAUUAUCCUGUUUUUAGUGACCUACUUCAGCACUGCUAAACACAACGACUGGUCGGUGCCCAACACACCUUUCGUACUUGGGGUUGUCGGUGUCUGGACCCUCAAUGCUUUCUGUGGCAGCUAUUCAUUGGCAUAUUUCAAAAACUGAAACCUUUCAACCAGCACAUUUGUUUGAGAAGAACUUUGAGAAUUUUUUUUCUCUCGGUCAGUGUGUAAAAUGGGGAAAAAAAAAAAAAAAAUUGUUUGAGAUUUCAAGAGAAUUUUUUAGAGGAUCUGCAAAAAAAAAAAAAAUUAAAAAGUGCUGCCAAACAUUUCGUGUAAUUAUCAAAUUUA